AUGAGAGCUACUACAAUUUUAUUGGGAUGUGCCUUAGUGGCCAUUUGUCUUUCCUAUUUACCAAGAGCUGACUCUACUUCAACUACAACUACAACUACAACCACUACCGAGGCUAGCACCACCACCACCACGACCGAAGCUACCACAACAACCACUGCCUCCUCAUCUGACACCACUUCAACAACCUCUAGCAGUAAAGCUAAGAAGACCAGAAGGAAGCACCAUUGGAAGGUCGCUAGCACCACCACCACCACGACCGAAGCUACCACAACAACCACUGCCUCCUCAUCUGACACCACUUCAACAACCUCUAGCAGUAAAGCUAAGAAGACCAGAAGGAAGCACCAUUGGAAGGUCGCUAGCACCACCACCACCACGACCGAAGCUACGACAACAACCACUGCCUCCUCAUCUGACACAACUUCAACAACCUCUAGCAGUAAAGCUAAGAAGACCAGAAGGAAGCACCAUUGGAAGGUCGUGAGACACCCUGGAAAGAAGGUCAUCAAGAGACACCGCAAAGGAGGCCGAAAAUUUGUGAUCUAA